UAAGCUUCUACACCAAUAAUAGAUUAUAAAUCAUACAAGAUGGCUGAAUCUCACAGAUUAUACGUUAAAGGUAAGCACAUUUCUUACCAAAGAUCUAAGAAUGUCACCAACCCAAACGUGUCUUUGAUUCAAAUCGAAGGUGUUGCCAACCCACAAGACGCCAAGUUCUACUUGGGUAAGAGAAUCGCUUACGUCUACAGAGCUUCCAAGGAAGUUAGAGGUUCUAAGAUCAGAGUCAUCUGGGGUAAGGUCGCCAGAACCCACGGUAACAACGGUUUGGUCAGAGCCACCUUCAAGAAGAACUUGCCAGCUAAGACUUUCGGUGCUUCCGUCAGAAUCAUGUUAUAUCCAUCUAACAUCUAAGUUUAAACAAGAUUUAUGAAACACGGUUUGUAAUAUUGGUUUAGGUCUUUUAUUCUUUUUUAGAACUUUCCACAAAAUAUAGAAGGUUUUAAUACAUACAACAUUUUAAUUAUUGAAAAAGAUGAUGCAACUAAGAAUGGCAACUAAACCAAUUUUCAAAGACUGAAAUGGUUCUGGAUAACUCUAAGGUUCGUCUCGGUGGUUAUCUAGUCUAAAGUUCUUUAAGUAAUUUGUAUAUUUAUCCCAUAAUAAAUUUAAAAACACUCGAAAUAUUCAUUUGACUUUUAU